AUGGCGCGGAGUGAUGAGAAAACCAGCAACAAGCGCCCCGCGGAAGGUGACCCCGACGGCGCGCAACCACUGACAAAGCGAUUCGGACGUCUCCAGAUCGAUAACGAUGUGUUCUCCGGUGCUCGGGCCAGUCGCGAUGGCUCCCCUUACCGGCACUCCCCGAGCCAGCACGAUGUGAUGUUGUUGGACGACACCAAACAUACCACCUACAUCCACAGUUUGGACCAAGAGCUAGCUGAGCCUGAUCUUCCUGACGAGGGUCUGGUCAUCUUACCACUCGCCGCCAGGAUGAUGUCUGUGCCGAAAUCCAUCCUUUCCAACUCUUCACCAAAAGGCAAAGAAAUGGUUCUAUACACAGAGCCCACUUCUCUGACAGUCCCCAAGGAUAAGGACACUGUGCGAAAGGCCAUUUUGGAAUCGAGGGCCCGGGCUCGUGCAGAAAUCAAACACCUUUCUAGUCAGUCGAUUGAUGUCGAUUUACCUCGUCCGAAUCAAAUCGUGCCCGAUGCGACCACAUCUUAUGACGACGAUCCAAUGGACAUUGAUUCUGAUCCUUGA